GUCGAAAUCAGCCGGCGUACGCGCAUGGCGUUGUCUUAUCGAGCGGCUGCGUAGCGGGAAAUUUGAAAUCAAAUAGUACGAAAAUGUUUUUUUCGUGUUUCGUUGCUGUAGCGGUGUUUUGGGGGUGUGGAGUUGAAUCUCACGUAGUGGAGCCGGCGAACAGCCUUCCGGAUAGGACACUGAUUGAUACGGACAUGGUUCUCGCUUUUGUGAUAUUUCGGCACGGAGACCGAACACCAGAUCUAGAGGAACUUGCACUGUACUCAACUGACGAGAAGUAUAAAGACGUUUUCUUCCCCUACGGAACUAAGGCGUUAACUAAUAAAGGAAAGCAACGGGGGUUCCUUGUAGGGCGAUACUUGAGGCGCCGCUACGACGGCUUCAUAUCCCGGUUGUACCUACCAGAUGAGAUGACCGCGAGGACCACAAACUACGCGCGCACCAAGAUGACAGCGCUGACUGCGUUUGCUGCUCUAUACCCUCCACAACCUGCUCAGCAAUGGAACCCUAAUCUGGACUGGCAGCCAAUACCUUAUAACACAGAGGACAGCAAUUCGGAUGACCUUCUAUACUGGUACAACUGCCCUCGGUACCUUAGCCUGAGAAACGAAGUUUACAAAUAUCCUGAAAUUAAAGCCUUGGUACAGCCAUACAAAAGCCUCUUCCCCUAUUUAUCGGAGAAGACAGGGAACAAUAUCACGACAACAGAAGACGUUUUCUUUUUAGAUAACUUAUUCCAAGCCUUGGAAAACGUAGGGAUCAAAACACCAAAAUGGGCUGAAGAUGUGAUGCCAAAAAUAAAAGAAAUGACAAAAAUUGAAUACUUAACAGAAUUCUAUACACCCGAAUUGAUCAAACUGGCUUCAGGGGUCUUGAUGAGCGACAUUUUGAACGCGACGAACGCAGCCGUCGCCGGUGACCGCGACCAGCCCAAGUUGAGGCUGUAUUCCGCCCACGAGAACAACGUCGCUGCACUCAUGGCCGCGGCGCGGGUCUUCAAAGCCCACCAGCCGAAUUACGGCUCCACUUUCUCCUUAGAACUGAGGCGGUUCAAAUCUACGGGAAAGUAUGGAAUUGCGGCCGUAUACGCCCGUACCGCUGGUGGUCCAGGCGAGCUGCUGCCAAUACGAGGCUGCCAUGGCCAACUGGUUUGCGACUACGAGACUUUCGUCGCGCUCAUGCAAGACGUCAUUUGGCCUUUCCCCGAGUUCAGAAAGCAGUGCCCGAAUCUGGCGUGAUAAGUGAUAUGAUAGAACUAGUCUGAAGAUUUUCUUAUAAAUAAUACUACGUAUGUGAUAAUAGAGUAAGCAAGUUGUGAAAUGUUGAAUAAAAUGCAUAAUGACCA